AUGGCCGUGGGAAUUGACCCCACAACCUCACCAGCUCUGGAGAGUCUCCUGUCACACUCACUUUUGAGCAGGAAGUGGGCUCCGUCUGCCCCCAGAGGGCAGAGUGCAGAGGGACACGGCUGGAACCUGUACGUGGUCAACACUGUGUCCCCCAUCCAGCUGUACCAGGAGAUGGUGGAGUACAGCCAGAGUUACUCUGUGGCCAAUCCUCAGGCUCAGAGUCUCCGACACCUGCUGAGUGAGGCCCACCUGCUGCUGCGGGCCUCGCUGCUCACCGGGCCUCACCCACAGACCCUCCCACUGCAGGGGGAGGGAGGAGCAGAGACGGAGCCACAGAGAGCAGAGAGGGAGGAGCUGGAGGCUGCGCUCCGAGGGAACUGUGCAGACCUGGGAGACUGCUUCAGCAGGGGGAGUCAGAAGGACUGCCACCUGGCCCUGCCCUACUACAGGAUGUCCGGUCUGUCCGUCCCAGAAGUGAUGUCCCGAAACAAGCCACACUCGGGCAGUUCCUACGGCCUCGGCUUCCUCUUCUUCCUCAAGCACUACCUCCUGGAAGAGACGCAGCUCACUCUCAGCCAGGAGUCUGCGGAUGAGGUCAUUGACGUCUUCAGCCAAUCAGAGCCCUCACAGCUGGUGUGCGUGUGCUGCAGCCCCCUCAUGGUGAACGUGAGCCCGGAGCGGACCCUGAGCCUCCUGCGGCACCUGGAGGACACCGCCGGCGUGUCCGUCAGCCUCACCGUCACCAUGGCAACGCUGGCCCUGCGGCUGGAAGAGCGGGCGCUUUUCCGGCAACUGAUGGACCGACACUCGGAGAUGCUGCUGGUGUACGCCUUCAUAGAGGAGCCGCGGCUGCUGCUGCACGGCUGCGGAGGGGCCCUCAGCUCGGAGGUCCGGCCCUCAGCUCUGGCUUCGGAGAUGGCCCGCUCUCAGCCGGGGCUCCUGGUCGCCGCCCUGGUGGCUCUGCACGAGAACAACAAGAUCAAACUAGAACAAGCCGACUGUCUGUUCAAGGAGCUGGGCUGCGAGGGCUGUCUGCAGGUGGACUUCUGGGAGGGGACCCUCAUGGCCUCGUCUCAGGAGCCGCUGAUCCAGGAGCUGCUCUUCAGAGUGGCCUCGGUCUACAUCGACAGACUCACUCACACCGACCCGGACCCUAGACUCGCCCCAGGACCCGGGAAGCGCUCCCUGAAGACCGCUGAAGACCUGAUCAGCUCGUGCUCUCACUUCGGGGCUCUGUAUCCGUGGCUCACAGUCCUCUGUCCUGUUCACACCAACUCCCAACACCAGGAGGCGCUGCACAAACUUCAGUCCCUGCUGUGUGGCCCCUCUCUGUCCCUGGGCUCUGUGGUUCCUCUCCUGGAGCAGAUCUCUGAGGAGACGCUGUGGGGGUUCAGCCUGCACCUGCUCUGUGACACCAGGAGGGGGCAGCACCACCGCAGCAUCGAGAGUCUCCUGGACCGCUGCCCUCAGGCCAUCAUCGCCUACGGCAACCACCACCUGCAGGACCGACACAUGGCGUUGUGGUGGCAGAAGCUGUUACCUGAGUUGUGUAACCGCACCAGAGCGGCGUCAGACAACAGCAUCCUCUUGGCAGCGCUACAAGAGACGCUGGUGGUGGUUUCCAUGGAGACCAGUCCCACAGAGUUCCUGGAGCUGAUCCCGGACGACGGCACCGCAGCGUUCUUCGUUCCUCACCUGCUGAGCUGCAGCAGCAGGAGCCUGACCACCUGA